GGGAAAUUCUCCGGGGCAAGGUCGGUUAAAUAUGGACGAGUCAUGAUUCUUGACCUGUUGAUUGUACGUAGCACAGUACAUUCUUGCCCAGAUACGAAGCUGAAGAGAAUAGGCGCCGGAAAUGUCGACUACUAUCCGAGAGAUCGUCAUCACGCCCGUGGCAUUCCACGACAUGCCCCUGCUCAACAGCGUCGGCGUGCACGAGCCGUUUGCACUGCGGAGUAUAAUCGAGGUCAUUACAGACACGACAUACGGGCUCGGCGAGUCCUAUGGCGACUCGGCACACCUCGACAGGUUACAGAAAGCAGCAGAAGAGAUCAAGGCCGCAGCACUCUCAGUCUAUGACACAAAUGCCAUCUACAAGCUGUGCGUCGACAGUCUCACGGGAGAUGAGAGUACCGGCGGCGACGGGAUGGCGGGAAUGGUCACGACUGCGUCCGUCGCGGAUAAGGUGUUUUCGCCAUUCGAGGUUGCGUGUCUGGAUAUCCAGGGAAAACUGGCCGGCAUUCCUGUUAGUGCGCUGCUUGGAGGGCGAGUGCGAGACAACGUGCAGUACUCGGCAUACCUCUUCUACAAGUGGGCUGGCCACCCCGGGGAUGCAGACGACGAGUAUGGAGCAGCACUAGACCCCGAGGGCCUCGUAAAGCAGGCGCGCAAGAUCAUCGACGAGUACGGGUUCAAGGCGAUCAAACUCAAGGGGGGCGUCUUCCCACCGGCAGACGAAGUCGCCGCGAUCAAAGCGCUAAACGCUGCAUUCCCGGGUAUCCCGCUUCGUCUUGACCCCAACGCCGCUUGGACAGUCGAGACCUCAAAGUGGGUUGCAAAGGAACUCGAGGGCAUUGUCGAGUACCUCGAAGAUCCUGCCCCGGAGAUUGAGGGGAUGGCUGCCGUAGCAGCAGAGGCGACGAUGCCAUUAGCCACGAAUAUGGCUGUCGUUGCCUUUUCGCAUCUCCCCCCUUCAAUUGCGCAGAAUGCCGUGCAGGUUGUUCUCUCAGACCAUCACUUCUGGGGCGGGUUGCGCAAGUCGCAGACGCUGGCUAGUAUCUGCGCGACGUGGGGGAUGCGACUCUCCAUGCACUCAAACAGCCAUUUGGGUAUCUCUCUCGCGGCAAUGACACAUCUGGCCUCUGCGACGCCGAAUCUCGACUAUGCAUGCGACACGCACUGGCCGUGGAAACGGCGCGAUGAGGAUGUCGUUGUGGUCGGCGCGUUGAAGUGGGCAGAUGGCGGCGUUGCCGUCCCCACGGCACCGGGGCUGGGUGUUGAACUUGAUAGGGAGAAGCUGGCUCGGUUGCAUAAGCAGUAUCUCGACUGUGGAAUUCGAAAGAGAGAUGACACGACGUAUAUGAGGAGGUUCAAACCAGAGUUUUCGCCGCAUAUACCGAGGUGGUGA